CCGGGCUGCCUGGCUACUGUGCUGAAUCUGAGAGACCGGGCUAUAGGCUGUGUUGCUGUGAUGAGCCCCGCGGGGGUGUGAGCGGGCUGGGAAAGUCCCCGCGCCGGCGGCUCCGGGCCUGUCAGGAGGAGCUGCCUGGGCAGCAGCAACGCGGUGGCUCGCUGGGCCGAGGAUGAAGAAGCUUUCUGUUCUGGAUUUAGCCCUUGACAACGUUGACACAGAAUCAUUAAACAAAUGUUGGAUCCUCUAGGAAUUUUCCUUUGUAACUGCUGUACGACUAUGUCAGCAGAUCAUCUUUGUUGAAUAUAACUGCUUAUUUAUAAAGUUUUCAUCACAAUGAAUUCAGGCUUAUGGAGUCAAGAAAAAGCCAGCUCAUCCUAUUGGGAAGAGCGUAACUUUUAUUUGCUUCUCCAGGAAUGCAGUGUUUUAGACAAACAAAAUCAAAAGCUUUUGAAAGUACCCAAGGGUAGCCUAAGCCAGUUUAUUCAAGAUCGUUCUUCUGUGGGACACGGCAGAAAUAUCCCUUCUAAAGGCAAGAAAAUGCAGAUUUGUUUAAAGGUUCUGGAACAGCCGCAUCCAGUCCUGUUUGUGGAUGAGAAAGAUGUAAUAGAAAUAAAUGAGAAACUAGCUGAGUUGCUUUUGGCUAUUACCAACUGUGAGGAAAGAUACAGCCUGUUUAAAAGCAAAAGCCGAUUAAGUAAAGGCCUGCACAUAGAUGUUGGUUCCCCUGUGAGAGUACAGCUGAGGUCAGGAGAUGAUAAAUUUCCUGGAGUUGUUCGCUUCCGGGGACCCUUGUUACAAGAUAGACUAUUAUCCGGGAUAUUUUUUGGAGUAGAACUACUGGAAGAAGGUCGUGGCCAAGGCUUUACUGAUGGACAGUACCAAGGAAAACAGUUUUUCAGAUGUGAUGAGGAUUGUGGAGUAUUUGUUGCCUUGGACAAACUAGAGUUGGUGGAAGAUGAUGACAAUGAACUGGAGAGUGAUUAUGCAGCUCCAGUUGACACGAUGCAGGUAGAACUUCCGCCUUUGGAGAUCAACUCCAGGGUUUCUCUGAAGAUAGGAGAAGGUAUAGAGUAUGGGACAGUUAUAUUCUGUGAUCUCUUACCAGGAAACGAAAGUUUAGGAUACGUUGUUGGAGUGGACAUGGAUAAUCCUAUUGGGAAUUGGGAUGGAAGAUACAAUGGAAUACAACUCUGCAGUUUUGCAAGUGUAGAAAGUACUCUUCUCUUGCAUAUCAAUGAUGUUAUCCCAGAGACUGCAUCACAGGAGAGGAGAGUUCCCAAACUUACCUUUGCCUCAAGAGGUAGUGGUGACAAAAGCUUAUUCAAUCAUAGUAAGCAAAAGGUCACAGGAUCUACCUCUGAGCCUGGAAAUAGAAACAGAUCCGAAUUUUUUUAUACAUUAAAUGGCUCUUCAGUUGAUUCUCAACCACAAACUAAAUCGAAAAACACAUGGUACAUUGAUGAAGUUGCUGAAGACCCCGCAAAAUCACUUGCCGACUCAUCUUCUGGAUUUGGUCAUUCUUCACCACCACUACAGCCGUCUCCAACAAACUGUUUAUCUAACGAAAAUAGAUUUCACUCUCUGCCUUUUAGCCUGACAAAAACAUCUAAUACUAAUGGUACUAUUGGACAUAGUCCCCUCUCUCUCUCUGUUCAAUCAGUUAUUGGGGAUUUGAACACUCCUGCCACACAGGAAAGUCCAUCAACAGUAAUGCCUGUCAAUAACUUGCAUGGUCUUGAAGCAGGUUCACUGGCUGAAGUUAAAGAGAAUCCUCCUUUCUAUGGAGUAAUCCGCUGGAUUGGUCAGCCACCAGGCGUAAAUGACGUAUUGGCUGGAUUGGAACUGGAAGAUGAAUGCGCAAGCUGUACGGAUGGAACAUUUAAAGGAACUAGAUACUUCACCUGUGCCCCCAAAAAGGCUCUCUUCGUUAAACUCAAGAGCUGCAGGCCAGAUUCUAGGUUUGCGUCACUGCAGCCUGUUCCCAACCAGAUUGAACGCUGCAACUCUCUAGCCUUUGGAGGAUACUUAAGUGAAGUGGUAGAAGAAAACACUCCUCCAAAAACAGAAAAAGAAGGUUUAGAGACCAUGAUUGGAAAGAAGAAAGGUAUCCAGGGUCAUUACAAUUCUUGUUACUUAGAUUCCACCCUAUUCUGCCUGUUUUCUUUUAGCUCUGUUUUGGACACUGUUUUACUUCGACCUAAAGAAAAGAAUGAUGUAGAAUAUUAUAGUGAAACUCAAGAGCUGCUAAGGACAGAAAUUGUAAACCCUCUGCGGAUUUACGGAUAUGUGUGCGCCACAAAAAUAAUGAAAUUGAGGAAAAUACUUGAAAAAGUUGAAGCUGCUUCAGGAUUCACUUCUGAGGAAAAAGAUCCAGAAGAAUUCUUGAAUAUUUUAUUUCAUCAUAUUUUAAGAGUAGAGCCACUAUUAAAAAUAAGAUCAGCAGGUCAAAAGGUACAAGACUGUUAUUUCUAUCAAAUUUUUAUGGAGAAAAAUGAGAAAGUUGGAGUCCCGACAAUUCAACAGUUACUGGAAUGGUCUUUUAUCAACAGUAGUCUGAAGUUUGCAGAGGCACCCUCAUGUCUGAUUAUUCAGAUGCCUCGAUUUGGAAAAGACUUCAAAAUGUUCAACAAAAUAUUUCCAUCUCUGGAAUUAAAUAUAACAGACUUACUUGAAGACACUCCUAGGCAGUGCCGUAUAUGUGGAGGACUUGCAAUGUAUGAAUGCAGAGAAUGUUAUGAAGAUGCUGACAUUUCUGCUGGAAAAAUCAAGCAGUUUUGUAAAACCUGCAACACACAAGUUCACCUACAUCCCAAGAGACAGAGUCAUAAAUUCAAUCCAGUGUCACUUCCUAAAGAUCUACCAGACUGGGAUUGGAGACAUGGAUGUAUCCCUUGCCAGAAGAUGGAGUUAUUUGCUGUUCUCUGCAUAGAAACAAGCCAUUAUGUAGCUUUUGUUAAAUAUGGGAAGGAUGACUCCGCCUGGCUCUUCUUUGACAGCAUGGCAGAUCGGGAUGGAGGCCAGAAUGGUUUUAACAUUCCACAAGUUACACCAUGCCCAGAAGUUGGAGAGUACCUAAAAAUGUCUCUAGAAGAACUACAUUCACUGGACUCCAGAAAAAUUCAAGGAUACGCACGAAGACUACUUUGUGAUGCUUACAUGUGCAUGUAUCAGAGCCCAACCAUGAGCUUGUACAAAUGAACAUUAUACUCUGGAGAGGAGAAAAAACUGUACGCAGAUUUCUACUGUUGCAUUCGCUAUACACUUUAGUCAGUUUUGAUGCAACUGUUGCCGGCAAUGGAUGCUAUUAUAGGGGGAAAGCUGACUGCUAGAGCAAAAAGAUGAAUGUUUUAAAAACUACAUGUAGAGUUCUGUUACUGAAAUAUUUAAUAAGCAUUUUGCACUCUAGGAAGUGUGUGUGUGUUUGUUUUAUAAACAAAGUCUAAAUGAAGUUGCUGAAAACUAAAGCUUUAAGUUAAGUGCAUUGAUAAUGUGUUGAUUUUUGAAAUGAGAAAAUCCUCCUUAGUCCAUUGAAAAUGUAAACACGCUGUGUACUUGCUCAGUGUAUUUCUGUGGACCAAGGAUGAUUUCUUUCUUUCUUUCUUUUUUUUUUUUUUUUCCUUCUUUUUCUGUAGCAACAGUUGCCUUCAGGAAGGAAUAAUUCUGGUUUUAAUAAGAUUGGCUGAUUUUAAACUGAUCAUUACAGUUUAUUUCUGUGGUCUUGUUAACCCUUAGCAGUCUACUGAUAUCAUGCAGGUCUACUUCUAUAGAAUUUCAGGUCUUCACAACACCCAUAAUCUCAAAACUGCUCUAUUCCUUGAGGUUUUUUUUUCCUGUUUUAUUUGGGAAAGUCAAACAUACCUUCUUUUCGUAUAUGAUACUUUUCUUCAGGGACUGGGGCAAUACUGUCCAAGCAUAACCGUAGAUACAUAAACUAUUUUGUGGAACAUAAAAUUUAAAUAUAAACAAAUGUUUGGAUGGCAAGCUAAACAAUGUGGCUUAUUGCCUCAGGGAGUGUUAAUAAAGUAGAAUCUGUAGUCCUUAGUAAAACAAAGUUGACACUUUGACUAUCCUACAACAUACUGAGCUGCUAUAUGUAAUAGGUCUAAAUUUUUCAUUGUUUGGGAUCAUUAAUGUUAAAAAUAUAACAUCAGGAAAGAUAAAAUUAUAAAUUGAAAAAAUAGCAUUUUAAACAUUCUACUUGGUACCUGGUACGUAAGAACAAAAAAUAAAUUACACUAGUUUAAAAAAAAUCACUGUAAAGUAUUAUUGAUAUUUUGUGACUUGGAAGUUGAUUCUUAUUUGCAAUGGAAUUCUACUGUAUUAAUUGCCUUUCAGCUACUUCUGUCUAAACUAUUUUAAAAAAUGUUUAGAAAUGUCAUGUGUGUAGCAAAAUUAGGAUGUUGUAGUAAUUAUAGGUCAUAAACUGCAUUAUUGUGGGUUGUAGCACGUAUUUUCAGAUUUUUAGGAGCUGUUUUACAUGUUCAGAUUUUUAGGAGCCGUUUUACAGUGUGUAGAAAGGAUGAAGAACAGAUAAACACACUAUCAUUUAAAACAAAACAAAUAAAAAAACCCUAAUUCCAAAA